AGACGUGGUGCCCGGCCGACGUGGGUUGGCCAGUGUCGGGUAUGACCUGCUCGGUGGUGGAGGUGCCCAGUUGUCGCUCCCAGCUGCCCGCCCGUCUCACAGGGGUCUGCCUUCCUCCCGCCCCCGUCACCCACCUCCACUCCAACCCGUCCAGUCACCUCUGUCAGCCAUGACCUCUGUGUUCUCCCGGGAGCAUAUCAGCGACUCGAGUGUGUGGCAGAGCUAGUAAAAGUACAGUAGUGUUGCAGGUGGCAAGUGGAGGUGUGGUGUUGCACACAGGUGGAGGGUUGUGAGACCUGCAUGCGAAGCACUCCAACAGGUGCCAGCAGGUGUGUGAACCAGUGACACCAACUGGGUGAAGGACAGGCGCAGCAGCUGGAGCUGAGGACCAGUGUAGUGCAGGUGUGCAUCCCAAGUGCCAGUUGGUGUGUUCCGCCGCGGGAUCCAGAGCCAGGAGUGCCGCCGGCGGAGCUGCAGCCCACGUGGUGGCUGAGGUGCCAGAGUGCGGGGGGGCUACGCUGGUAAGGCCAUGGUGGCCCAGUGCGGCCCGAGGUGGCCCGGGGCUAGACACACAUGAAGGAGGCUCGCAGGCGGGUGCGGCCCUACCCGAGUGUGGCCUCCCUGCAGGCAGGACGCGAGCCAGCGGGUGCGGGCCGGCGGGCCACGAUGGUAGCAGGACCAUGACCCGUCUGGUGUGGCCCGCCAUGCUGGUGCUGCUUGUGCUGGCCGUCGCUGGCCCUUCACUCACAUUCUACCUCCUGAUCAAGGACUACUGGGCGGAGGUGUCCUCGUUGAGACGGGACCUGCUCUUCUGCCAGCUGGGCAACACACAGCUGCCUCUCGAGUUUGACCUGGACCUCGAGGUUGCCGCAUCCUCGCAUACUGUGCUGCCUCUGCCCCCCACACCCCUGCCUCUCGUCGCCACCACUGCCUCCACCAUCACCACCACCACCACGUUGUCGAGGUCACUCCCGACCAUUGUACACAGUAAUCCCUCGCCUCCGUCCUCCUUGGCGUCGACUAAUCCGCCAUCUUCUGCUUCUUCUCCGUCAUCAGAUUCUUCUUCAACAGUUCUCAUUUCGCGGGUACCAAUUUUAUCUUCCCCAGCGCCGUCCGUUCCUGCGAUCUCCUCAGUGUCGUCGGGGAGUUCAGGGAUCCCAGCGAUGGUAGGAGUGGCCAGACCAGAUGUCAUGCCCUUGCAUGAUACUCCAGGCAGGCACCUGGAGGAAGGUGCAUGGCGGAGACCGGGUUGGAGAGCAACACGGCCCCCACGGAGCCUCAGUAGAAGCAUGGUGGCUGACCAGUCUACCGCCUCAGACUCCACCGACGUCGCUGAAAAGGAGUACGUUUCACUGCUGGAGAAACAGCUGCGUGACCUGAGAGCGAGAGUGAACGCUUGCAGGUCGUGCCUGCCCACCCCACAGAGGAAGUUGGCGACCUGUGGCGGCGGCAAGGCCUGGAGGGAUUACCGCCGCAGAAGACGACUCCUCCGCCGCAUGGAGCGAGAACAGAGAAGGGAAAGACGUCGCCGGAAAAAGAGCAGACAAUUAAAAAAAAUCCUCGAUGAUACGGCUUCCAGAAUGCCGACUACUGCGCCUACCACCACACCUGCUACCACCGCGCCUCCAACCACCGCACCCACUACCACGGCGCCCACUACCACGGCGCCCACAACCACGGCGCCCACUACCACGGCGCCCACUAUCAUCGCGCCUCCUACCAUUCCCACAACGGUAGCAGGCGCUGACGGGGACCAAGUCUUGGCCGACGUGGCAUAUGGCGACCAGAAGCUGGACAACAAGAGAGCCCGCGAGACGCAUCGCAUGAGCACUGACUUCCGGCGCGGGUUCAACCAGAAGAUCUCGCGCAUGGACGAGGCGCUCAUGCAGUUCACUGACACGCAGGCCGCCUUCUGCAAGGAGCUCCGCGACAACUUGGGCGGGCGGCUGGAGAAGCGGGGCCAGGAGCUGGAGGCGCUCUCAAACCAGAUCGCCGCGCUCGUCAGGACCUCUACCGCCCAGAUCACCGCCCUGGAGAAGGUCGCCUCCGACCAGCUGUACGCUGGGCAGGCGAGCAUUGAGAAGAGCCUGGCUGUGACCCAGGCCAUUCGGGACUCCCAGCUGCGGGCCAUCCAGAACUACCACAAGCAGACCUUCCUCCCUGCCGCCGCCGCCGUCGCCACCAUCCUCACGGAUCAGGCCUCCGCUCUCACCUCCAUGGGAGUCGAACUCAUCACCAAGGUAGAGAUGCUGCAAGACGUUUACCUGACAUACGCCACCCGGCAGGCAGACACCCUGCAGAAGCUGACGGAGGACGUGGACAUGUUCGCCUCCAAACACAACAACCUGGUGAUGCGCUCCAGAGACCACGCCAAGCACCUCCAGAUCAACACCCACGGUUUCGUCAGGGAGCUGCAGACGAGGAUGAGCAACGUUGUGAAGGAACUCGUCCUCAUUCGGCUUCAGAGUCAAAAUUUCGUCUCGAUCAACAAUGAUUCCCACAAUGACUUCUCCAACAGCCUCAACUUGACCCAGGCAGCAGUAGACACCCUCUCAGAGCGUCUCAAGGCUCGCCUCGACAACGCCACGGUGCUCGAGCAAGACUUCAGGAAGAUCUUCAAGAGGGAGACCAACCAUUUUAGUGAUAGAGUCGAGAGCGGCAUUAGUCAAGCGCUGGCGUCCAACCACGAGAGCAUCAGUCAGGUGGAGGAGGCGGAGCUGGACACGCGGGUGUUCGUGGGCUCCGCUACUGCCGCCUGGAACGAACUCUACCUCAACCAGGAGGCGGAACUGCGUAAGGAGGCCGACUCUCUAACCCACAGCCUGCGCAGUCACACCCACCACACGCAGAACGUCCUAACAGGCAUGCGCAGUGCAGCCGAGACGCAUGAAUUGGUUUUAGAGGAACAGCGAAUGAACUUUCAGCGUUUUAUCCGGAAGCGACAAGACGCCUUGGACAACCAGUGCUCGGCCAUCAGUGACUGGGCCACGCUCAUGUCGACGGAGCUCCGCAGACGGGACGAGGACCUCCACAAGUUCCUGAGUGAAGAUCUCCAGUACACCACAGUGACGGUGCAGGAGGACGAGGACGGGUACCUGGUAUCAAGAUUGCCUGACGGUUCCCUGGUAUACCAGUCGUCCCCCGCCCACGCCCGUGCUGCCGCCCGCCCACCGCCCAAUGUAAGCUACCAGUUAGACGAGACAGCCUAUAACCCUGGCCUGGUCUCGUCUACGUCACAUUCUAGUCCCAGUAGACCUCAGUUGGAGAAGACUGUAGUCACUUAUGUAAAUAACACACUUAACAAAUUUAGGACAAGCAUCGGCAAUAGCACUAGUGAAAACACUAACCAAUCAUCUGUCCACAGUGACUUUCUUAGUGCACAAUAUAUAACUGAAAAAUAUAAUGUUCUCGAGUCAAACAAUAAAGUAAGCAAUCGGAAGAGUGGAAGCGAAACACAAGAGUUAGGCUUGCAUCACUUUGCAGCGAUGGCCAGGAGCGAGGAGUCUUCUCUCCAGGAAGCUGAGCGGAAACACACGCCACAAGAGACUGGAAGACAAGUGGAGACACAUCCAGACAAUGCCGCAUACACUCAAGUGCACAAGGAACCGGAUAAUGUUGUUGGCGCAGGCGAAAAUUUAAUACAGGAAAUUCACAUAUUAAGAGACCCAGAAGGGAACCAGACAGGUGACACUCAAGAGAAAAGACAGAGACGGCUGUCAAAAAUACUACAACGAAGACAGGAAAUAAUGGAUACUUAUAACAGGCAAAAUGAUGGGACUUAUAAGCCUGGUUGUACAAGCAAGUGUGGAAACCAAUCUGGACAUAAAGAAACCAACAAGAAAAUGGGUCAGACAAGGAGUGAUGGAUCUUAUGUCAAUUAUGAUGAUGAUGAUGAGGACAUCAAAAAUCUAAUAAAAAUCCUCCAUGAUGCUCAAGAAACCAUCAAGAAAUUUCAAAUGGACUUUCAGCCUCAGGGCAUCUCCAAACAUAGUAACACAUCAUCAAGAAUUUGGCCGCUGCUAGUACCCGGUCCCAUAGGAAAAGACACGCAGUUUCAUGCAACACCAGAAAGAAUCACUCUUAAUGAAACAAACAAUGCAAAUUCAUCCGAAACAUUCGCUCACGUUUUGGAAAAACAUUCAGUUAUACCAGCCAAGGUUUACACAGACGAAGAGCCUUCUGAAGAAAUCCCUCCAUACUGACAUCACUGAGACACCAAUAAUAAGGCCUCAGGUGCUGAGGAGGGAAGGUAUAUUAUAAAAGUAAAAAAGGCAAAAGGUCUGAGAAAGUGACGAGACAUCAAUGAGAAAACAGAGAAAAUAGGAAUAAGUAGAUUGCCUGGCUGUAUCUUUUAAUAUAUCACAAUUAAUAAUACAUGUAAAUAAAUAAAUAUAUCUAAAUUAAUGUCAAAAUCAAAAUUUCCUUUAUAUAUGUUGUACCUGAUAGCCCAAACUGCACUACUUGGCCUAGUAAGCAAGGCCCAAUUUGCCUAACAAGCAGUGAUUUUGUUAUUUUUAAAUAUUUCUUUCCAAAUUGGUUUAUUCCAAUUAAUAUUAUUAUAGUAUAUUAAAAACAUGAUGUGUUAAGAUUGGUUAGGUUAGGAUAGAUUAAGUAGAUUAGAAUUGAUUAGGAUAUGAUUGGUUAGGAAAGGCUAGGUUAGGUAUGUUAGGGUAGGAUAAGUUAGGUAGGUUAGGUUAAGUACGUUAGGUUUGAUCAAAUAUCUAUGAUAGUUUUAAAUCAAAUUAAAAAAAAUUGAAAUUAUAUACUGUAUAUGAAAAAUGGAAAGCUUUAUAACUCCAUAAGAAAAAAAAUGAAAAGUAUAUAAUUUCAGGAAAACUCUGCCUGUUAGCUAACUUGGCCUGCUAGGUACGACAUUUUAUAUAUAUAUAUAUAUAUAUAUAUAUAUAUAUAUA